CAAAGUACCUAGACCUAAAACCACAAAGGGACUGCAGGAUUGAUCAACAAAAUGUCUCUUAAACUUUCUUAACCUGUAUCAAGGAACUCUUUGCUGCAGACUCUGCGAGAUGGAUCCUGAAACAGCUACAUCAACAUCACUGACCGAAAGGGCAAACGUCGAGGGAAAUUGGAACAGCCCCGUGCGGCUUAAUCACAAGAUAAAAGACGGCCAGGGAAAAUGUACGAAGGAAAUGAACAAAGGAAAACGGACAUCGGCAUGACGGAGGCUACAACGCGACCCUCCAGCAAUUUUCUGAAACGAUCUGGUCGAAUGGCAAGGAAAAUAAAAAGAAACAUGGAGAAAAAAGAAAGGAAAGUUAGGGGUCGCAUUAAACGAAAUCACCUUUAUAAUAACUAAUGGGGAUUUUGGGUGAUGAGAUUGACACAAACUCCAGCCUCACCAGCCCGCCUCACCCACAAGCUCGACUCCUUUUAUAUGGUUGGAACUAAGCGGUGGGCAGCGUCGGCCUCCGCACAAUUUUGGUCCCGAUGCGGUUCGAAAGUGCUCUGCAGGACGCAACAGGCCAUCAUCAAGCCAGCGGUAGCAGCAGCGAAGCCUUGAAGAAGACCAUGGCCUACCACCCGUUCCUUCAGCUGCCUCGCCAGACCGAUUUCAGCGUGUCGUCGCUGUUGACAGCUGCCAACAAUAACUCGCCCUCGGGGGCUAAUACCUCGCCUACUGGACCGGGGGCCGGGGCGUUUUUUCCGUCGCUGCUGGCAUCGCAGGCGGCUAAUCCGCACUCGUGUUAUCCGGGGACGCUGAUACCGAAGAUACCGCAUCCGCAUCACGCGUUGCCUGGGCAUCCGUACACCACGGCGGAGGACGUGCUUCUUCAGGCUGUCCACAACCACCAUUCCGCCAUGGUACGACCACUGAGAGCCAUCCAGCCUGAAGACGACGGUGUUGUGGACGAUCCCAAAGUAACAUUGGAAGGCAAAGACUUGUGGGAAAAAUUCCACAAGCUGGGAACGGAGAUGGUCAUCACCAAAAGUGGAAGGCAAAUGUUUCCACAGAUGAAGUUCCGCGUGUCCGGCCUGGACCUCAAGGCCAAGUAUAUCCUCCUGCUGGACAUCGUGGCCGCAGACGACUACCGCUACAAAUUUCACAACAGUCGGUGGAUGGUAGCGGGAAAAGCUGAUCCAGAAAUGCCCAAAAGGAUGUACAUUCAUCCAGAUUCCCCAUCUACCGGAGAGCAGUGGAUGCAGAAAGUUGUGAGUUUUCACAAACUGAAGCUUACGAACAACAUCUCGGACAAGCACGGCUUUUUAAAAAACAAGUCCAUAGAUUUUCUGACUAUAUUAAAUUCCAUGCACAAAUAUCAGCCGAGGUUUCAUUUGGUAAGGGCUAAUGACAUUCUGAAGCUGCCCUACUCGACCUUUAGGACCUACGUGUUUAAGGAGACGGAAUUUAUAGCUGUGACAGCCUACCAAAACGAAAAAAUAACUCAAUUGAAAAUCGACAAUAACCCAUUCGCUAAAGGAUUUAGGGAUACGGGAGCAGGCAAGCGGGAAAAGAAUUACAGACAAGCCAUGCUGGCACAACGGCAUACGGACGACAAGACAUCUCACCCUCUUCCGGCGAGGAUGUCAGCAGACAGUAGUACCGUCUCAAAAACGGAUGACAGCGAACUGGAUGUGGUCGGUACUGCGGACAGUCCGAGGCCUAGUUUACACGCGUCCACACCCAUAGCUUCUAGUCUGAACCACAGCGGCGCCGAAGAUGACUCAAUUCGACGCAGACUCCAUGACGAUUCGGGAUCGGAAUCAUCCUGCAGUGAAUCUCCCGGUAGUACCGCCUUCCGGCAACGGCCUUCCUCACCCAAAGAUUCAGCUGCCGGGCCUUCGAGUUCCAGCGGGGAGUACCCUUCGCCCAACAUAAGUGUCGGACCUCCCAUUCACCCACCACCUCAUUUACUUCCUUACUUCUACCCUCCGGGGAUGUAUCCGGGUGCAGGAGGUCCUAAUCCUUUUGCACCACCGCUAAGUUUGUUCACGGGAGGUCAUGCUCCGGGUGGGAUGAACCCAAGUCUCUUUUUCAACGCUCAAUUGGCUCUAGCUGCUCAACAUCCAGCUCUGUUUUCGCAUUACCAGAAUCUGACGCAUCCCAGUCCCCAUAACCAUCACCUGUCUCCCACUUCCCCUAUACACAACCACCUCAAAGGAGGACAUAGGUUCACUCCCUACACCUUACCAAAUGCUUCAGGAGGAGGUGGUGGUGUGAGUUCUUCCCCUCUGGGUAGUGCUUUCGAAACGGUUACUCCCAGUUCGCAUACGCGUAGCUUGAGUAAUUCUCCGAACAGUACCAAGAUCAGGGCGUCUUCGUUAUCACCUCCCGUUAGGAGUAGUACCGUCUCGCCUAAACCGGAAACGGCAAAUUCUCCCAGUGACUUGAAGAGUAUAGAGAAAAUGGUGAAUGGAUUGGACGUGAAACAUAACACUGCUAGUGACGUUGCGGACAGUAACAGUGACAAAUAAUAGUGAUAUGGUGACGUUGUUCAAUGAAAAACUUGUGUGGAAAUUGUUAGAUUUUCUUAUUGCCAUUAUUAAAAAUCCUCACGAAAAUCAGGAAUUAUUAGAACGUUAAGGUGUUUUUUUUAUUUUUGACAGUUGGAAAUUGCUGAAUAUACAGGAUGUCCAAUAUUUCGUGGGUUUUAUGUUUUUUUUCGUUUAUGAGUAGAGAUACAAAGAUAUUUUACAUCACUUUAUUUCACACGCCGCGAUUAUGGCGCCGCCUAACGGCCGAAGAGUGAAUUAACACUUAGCGCCCUCUGGCAGCAAACAGCUGAACUAAAAUUGCAAAUGUGGCGCCCUCUUGUGGCAAAAUGUUGAACUAAACGAAACAUGUGGCGCCCUCUGCUGCCAAAAACUGAAACUAAAUUUUUAGUUCAGUGUUUCGCCGCAAGAGGGCGCUACAUCCGCGAUUUUGGUUCAAACUUUUGCCUCUAGGGGGCGCUACCAUCGCAAUUUAGUUCAACAUUUUGCCGCCAGAGGGCACCACCAGUCGCGUUUAGUUCAGUGUUUUACCGCUAGAAGGCGCAACGUUCCCGCUUUUAGUUCAGGGCUUUGCCACCAGAGGGCGCCACAAUCGUUCUAAAUGCAAAAGAUUAAAAUAGAACAACCAAUAUUUGCAAAAAUUCAUUUAUUAUAAAGUUAACAAAAAGAGCGUCCGGUUCAAGUCUUAUGUUUUCAUUAGUGUGUAUUUUACACACUAACGGACACCAAGGAUCUGUAUUCUUGUAUAUGUGAUCAUACACCAACACUUGUAUGUUAAUACUCUGCUUAUAAAACACACGAAAAUGGGACACCUGUAGAUUUUAAGAUCUAUCUGUCCAAAGAAACAUGAAUUGAACAAAGUAUACCGUAUGACCGAAAAAAACGUCAAAGGCGGCUGUGGAAUGAAAAUCGAUGAUAGUUUUAGGCAGGUCAAUCUCCAGAUGUCAUUUAGUAAAAAUUCACAUAAUAUUUGUGAAAAAUUAAUACUAAUAAAGAUUUAAAAAAGAAUAGAACUCACAAAAAACUAUUUCCAAAAAAAUACUUUUUCUCGAAAUUUAAACUACCUAGGGCUUGACCUCGCCAAAAUUAUCAUUGACUGUCAUUCCGCAGCCGUCUUUGACACCGUUUUUUUUCGAUCGUAUGGUAGUAACUCCUCAUCAGUUUUUCUAUCGGGAUUGGCUUGCAAUAUUAGAAAAAAUUCUACUCAGUAGGCUUGUAACAAAGAUUUAUGAUGAAAAUACAUCUAUUACAAGUCUUAAGUUGUAUUCAACAUGGAUAUUUUUAUACGUUAAACGAAAAUACCACUGUUGUAUCUGGUUUCUAAACAAAAAUACAUAAAGUUUCCUAUAUUUAAGAAUAUUUCAAUACCAGUAACAGUUAAUUUAGUGUUCUUAGAAGUGAUUAAGUGUCUUUAUGAUGAUGUCGGUUGAAAAUAAAUGUACAGAGGUACGAUUGGUUAGUAUGGAGUACUCAUUUUGUACUGAAAUUUUGGUUUAAGUAUAAAAUGAUAACUCCAAACGACAUAGAUAUCUUUUUUUAGAAUGUGAUUAAAUUUCUUGCUUUAUUUAACAAUCAUAACACUCUACAGUAUGUUUUACUAUAUAAAUCUGUUUAACUAAUGAAUUUUGUAUCAAUUUGAGACCUUUCAGUGCAAUAGUUAGUUUCUGAUAAAAGAAAACACACUGUAGAUGUAAAUUUUAUUUAUUUACACAUGGUCAAAACGUAUAUAUAACCUCUAAGUGCUUUUUUCGUAAUAUAUAAAUAAAAUUUAAGCUUAUUGCAAAAGUACAAACCUUUAUAAGAAACUACUAUUAAGUAAAAGUUAUUAUAUUACCAAUUGAAAAAAAAACUUAUUGGUGGUGCUUUGUAAAAACGAUUUUUGGAAGAUAUACAUGGUAUUUCUUUUAAAGUGCAGCUAAAUUUCAAAAAGAUUUAACUGACAAAUGCAAAUUUAUUUAAAAAAUUCCGUACAAUUGAAAAAAAACACGCCAAAGACGGCUGGGAAUAAGUAUCGAUCAUAAUUUUUGCCGAGGUCAAUCUAUUACCAAAAACUGUUUCCAAAAAAAAUGUUUUUCUCGAAUUUUACUACGCCUUAAGGCCAACUGGCAGUAAGUGCCAUUAAAAAAUCACGUCUAGGGCUUGACCCAGCCAAAAUUAUAAUCGAUUGUCAUUCCCCAGCCGUCUUUGACGUUGUUUUUUUUUUCGAGCGUAUUUUACCUUGCCCAUCUAUAUGUUCGUAUUUUAACAAUAUAGUAAUAUACUAUGUAUUGACUCUCUAUUAACUUUAGAUUAAUCUAGACUGCACACAACCCUUAAUCCGUGGAAUUUAUAUAGAAAAAAAUGUUCCUUUUAUUUUAGAUAAUGUGUAUAUUUAUUUUAAAAUUCUCCUGUACAUAUUGUUAGUAUUUUGUGUUAAUAAAAAACCUGUAAUAAAUGUAUAAACUUGUAUAAUAGUUAAUCAAAUUCAAAAAAUUGUUUCUGUUUUACCAAAGACACUCGAUUUUCAAAGUCCAUUUGAAAAUGCGCAUAAAUGUUGGAAAAUAGAAAAAAAAUGUAUAUAUUAUAUAUGAAAAAACGAUAUGGAAGAGUAUAAAUAUAAGUGUUUCUUUUUGUUAAUUCAAUAACAAUAUUAAUAUCAGCAAAUUUUCAGAUUUGUUACAUUUUUUAACAAUUAAAAAUAUGCCUAACUCAAGUUUCAAACUCUCUGUUAUUUGUUUUAUAAUUAUUUAUUAUGCGCUGAUAUAAUAUACGAUUAAUUUCUCAAAAUGUAUUAAAGUAGGAAAAUCAAUAUGUGAAGUGUCGCUGUGUACAUGUCCUCUACUUUUAAAAAAUAAAUUAA